AUGACCCAGUGCUUCAAGUGCAAGCAGGCCAUUGGCACGGUUGUCAGCCGCGAUGGGCCGGCGAAGUUGUACUGCCCGGACUGCUUCCUCGCCUACUGUGCUGGUGCGGUGCGCGAGAACGCCUUUCAGCAGUGCCUCGUGCCGAGUGACACACCGCUCGCGGUGGCCGUCUCAGGCGGCCCCAACUCCAUGAUGCUGCUGCGCGAGCUCGGUCAACUGCGGUACAAGACACAAGACCGAAUUCGCCGACAACAGCUGGUGCCGCAGCGGCAGGCGCCCGCUCAGGGCGGGAAGUCGCGCAGUACAUCCGCGUCCUCACCGCCCGCCAGGAGCACACCGUUGGCGUCCAGUCUGAUACUGCUACCGUUCCACUUGUGUGAAGACGAACUCGUCCUUCCGCCGCCGCUAUCCUCAUCCUCUCCUUCGCCGUCGUCGCUGCACGCGAUGAGUGCCCGGCACGAGGCGAUCAACCAGGUGCGGUCGACAAUGGAGGAGCAGUUCGCCACGCUGCGCAAGUACGUGCAGCAGCAGCCACCGCGGUGGGUCUACCACGGCGAAGUCCCGUGCGGGCACAAGAAGUCGAAGAAGAAGCAGAAGGACCUCACAGCGGCAGUGAGGACGGGCGCUGCCCGUGCGGGUGGUGCCAACGUCGCCACACCGGAGCCGUCUCACGGUGGUGGUGAUGGUGGUAGUGGUUCGACUGCAGCACCGUCGCCACAGCCACUGCAGCAGCAUGACGCGGAAGCGAGUGGUGAGGCGUCCGCAGCAACCGCGUGCUUGUUCGACGACUCGGAGAUGCGCCUGUUUCGCUACAGCGAUGUUCUUUCGGGGCCCUAUCUGAGCGAGCUGCGCUACGCCCUGCACGCCAGCCGGCUGUCGCUGAGCGACCGCGAAGCUCUCUAUGCGCGUGUGCGGCAGCACACGCUCUGCCGUGCAGCCCAGCGUGUGUGUCAAGAGCACCGCCAGCGCAAAGUAGCCGCAGCAGCGGCGGCUGGUGUCGUUGGCGGGGUGGCACACGAGGAAGGGAUUUGCGAGGACGAGGCGCACCGUUCCGAAGAGGAGCUCUUCGAUGAUCAUGUGUCGUUAGAAGGCGCGAAUUCGAAAACAAAGUCCCACCUGCUUCUCGGCAGCAACGCUGCGCGGUGCGCCACGGCGGCACUCGAGGCACUCGUCACGGGUGCCGGUGGCGAAGGCGUCGUGCACGGCGCCGGGUUUCGCGGCUUUACGCACGAGGUCGUUUGCCUUCGGCCGCUGCGCACGAUGCUGCCCAAAGAAACAAUCAUGUACACGCGUCUCUGCGGUAUUGCCUGCAGCUACACGCCUGCGCUGUGCACUGGCACCGCCACUCGCUCUAUCCACCGCACGCUGGAGCAGUUUGUGCUGACCAUGAUGACAUCGUACCGCACCAUGAUCUUCAACGUGCUCAACACAGUGCAGCGGCUGGAGGUGCAUCCCGCUGCACUGCAGGAGCUCGUGCGUGGGACCGAUAAUGCCCCUGCCUCUCAAACGCAUGUCCAUGGCGAAGGCUCAGCAGAGGCGGGAAGUGCGCAGUCGGCCGGAAAGACUACCAGGAAGGCGCUACCAGCUCGAACGGCGCAGCAGAACCGCGAUGAUCUGCGCCUGGCAGCGCCGCUGCACGUGCACCGAGACCUGCGUGACGUAAGUUCGACAGAAGCGGACAUCGAUAGCGCCGUCGCUAUGUGCUGCGUGUGCGGCUGCACUGCCUCCAUCGGCUCAUGCUACCGUGGCCAGAACGCGCACCCGGCGGCGCGGCAGUUGGAGAUGGUGGCGCUAAGCACCACAAGCGCAAUGACGCCGCGCACGAGCGGCCCAUCAUCAUCCACCGUCGUCGGCCACUUUGUCUGCUACGCCUGCCAAGGCCUCGCGGACGCUUGGCCUCCAUCAGUCUUUGGGAAAGACAGCACAACGGAGAAGGACGAACCAAGUAAUGACAGCACCACCGCCGCUGGAGCGGCGUCGUGCCACGGUGCCAUCGCAUCCACGGCUGCCGUUUUUCGGCUGUGCACACUUUUUACCUGA